AUGUGCACGACGAAAGUAAUAAUAUUUUUAUUUAGCAUUGGAUGCGUCUGUGGGUAUUUCACUUUGCCGGGUAAAUGUCCUGAUAAUGUGAAAUUCGAAGAAGAUUUCAAUUUAGCAGAGUUUGAUGGAACUUGGUACCAAGCGUACCAUUACUCGAGUGAUGGCCAACGUUUAAACAACUGCUCCACAGUAGAACUCCUGUAUAAACCUACUGGAAUUUAUGUAAACUACUCAAGGGUGGAUCUCGGUCUCUUUAAAAGAUUUAGCAUCGGAAAGCUAGAACUCAUUAUUAGUAAAAAUGAACAGUCGUCCGAGCUGGAUGUAACAUUUCAAUUUGAUAAUGCACCAAGAAGAUUGAGGCUUAGACGUUACCCGUUUCGUAUUCUAGCUACCAAUUACAAUUACUAUGCCACAGCCUAUACCUGUCAAUACAGCCCUAUGAUCAAUAAACAUUUCGUUUAUGUAUGGAUUCUUUCCCGUCAUCCAACUUUGAAUGACGUUUCAAAAGAGCUUGCCCUGAAACCUUUAGCUCAACUUAAUGUUAAUCAUAACAAAAUUGUUAAAGAUGAUUGGUCAAAGUGCGUUCCGAAGUACUUCGAUGUUGAAAGUAGUGAACCAGUUACUUUUAGAUACGCUGUUGCUAUU